CGCCCGGCGAGGCUGUGGGAGACGCGCGCGACCGACUGGAGCCGUCUCUUGAACGACGCCAAGGGCGUCGCCGUGGUGCUCCGUCGGUUCCUCCCCUCGAUGGUCGCGCGCGGCAGCGGCGCGAUCGUGAACGUCACGCACGUGCUCGACCCGCCGCAGGGCGCGAACGUGGCGUCGUACCAAGCGUCGCGCGCGGCGAUCAGCGCGCUGACGCGGUGCGUCGCCGCGGAGCUUCCGCCGGGAAUGCACGCGGUGGAGAUCGACCCGGGCGCGUUGCUCGGAUUGCGCGGGACUGAAAAAGAAGGCGCCGACGUCGGACCGACGCGUCGGCCGGGGUUCGACGAGACCGCGUGCGAUUGGGCGAGAGCCGCGGUGCCGUUCGUGUUGGGGCUCACGAGGGAGGUCAACGGGUGUUCCGUGCACGUUCCGGGGUGGGGGUCCCUGGGGGGGGACGUGCACGCGCCGCAUCACCGCGUUCCGGAGUGA